ACCAUGGCCGAAUCGGAGUUGAGUCCCAAGUUUGCACCCUUCAUUGGGAUGGGCGGCAUUGCGGCGGCCAUGAUCUUUGGCAGCAUAGGGGCAGCGUACGGUACGGCAAAGUCCGGCAUCGGCAUCGCGGGUGUGGCCCAGUUCCGGCCAGACCUGAUCAUGAAGUGCCUCAUCCCCGUCGUCAUGUCCGGUAUCAUCGCCGUCUACUCGCUCGUCAUAUCCGUCCUGAUCGCCCAGGACCUGCAACCACCGACGACCGGGUCAAACUAUAGCUUGUUCAACGGUUUUAUGCAUUUGGCUUGCGGGUUGGCUGUGGGACUUACGGGUCUCGCAGCUGGUUAUGCCAUCGGUAUAGUCGGCGAUAAGGGCGUCAGAGCGUACAUGCUGCAGUCCAGGAUUUUUGUCGGCAUGGUGUUGAUUCUGAUUUUUGGCGAGGUGUUGGGGCUCUACGGGUUGAUUGUUGCUCUGAUCCUCAACACCAAGAGCAAGGGCUGAAUAGGUAUCAUGCCGGUGUUUUAAAACAAAACAGGCAGAGUGUACGAAUUACAUACAAGAAG